AUGGCGGAGACUGUUGAACGGAAACAACGCAAAUCCGUCGCAUUCAGUGAGGGCGCAGUUAUCAUGAAUACCAACGGUGAAGUGACAGAGGCGCCUCAAAGCGUGGAGAAGCCGACUGAGAAUGAAGCCACAGCAGACCAGUCCGUCGACGAAGUCACCGAGAUGUUCAAAGGCCUGUCGAAAAAGAAGAAGUCCAAGAAACCCAAGGAUGCAGAGGGCGGUGAAGGUGAUGAGGCCUCUCCCGCCGCCGACGGCGAGUUCGACCCCUCGGCCCUGAAAAAGAAGAAGAAGAAGACCAAGAAGGUCGAUGCCGGCGAUUUUGAGGCGAAGCUGGCUGAGGCUGGUGCCGUGGAGAAGAGCGGCGAAGAGAAAGAGGAGGAAGUCCCUGAGGGUGAUCUUGAGGCUGGAACUGGUAUCUGGGCCCACGAAGCAACGCAAGCCAUCCCCUACUCGCUGCUCGUCAACCGAUUCUUCUCCCUCAUUCAGAGUCACCACCCCGAUCUGUUGUCUAGCGGCACCAAGUCGUAUAAGAUCCCGCCUCCCCAGUGUCUGCGUGAAGGUAACCGUCGUACGAUUUUCGCCAACAUCUCCGAUAUCUGCAAGCGGAUGAAGCGUUCCGACGACCACGUCAUGCAGUUCUUGUUCGCCGAAUUGGGCACCAGUGGUAGUGUGGACGGUAGCCGACGCCUGGUCAUCAAGGGUCGUUUCCAACAGAAGCAGAUUGAGAACGUCUUGAGAAGAUACAUCGUCGAAUACGUCACUUGCAAAACCUGCCGCAGUCCGGACACUGAACUCAACAAGGGUGAGAACCGUCUGUACUUCGUUACUUGUAACUCCUGUGGAUCUCGUCGUUCCGUCGCCGCGAUCAAGACCGGUUUCCGUGGACAGGUCGGCCGCAGAAAGCGGACGGGUUAG